CUGAUUUGCCUUGUGAUUGGACAGUGGAGCGGUGAUGCCAAUCAGACGGGAGGCGGGAUUUGGGGAGUGACAGCUACUUGAGGAAGCGGACAGAGUUUUCAAGGCAUUUUUGGUUUAAAAAAAUAUAAUAAAUAAAAUUAAAAAAUGCAUUUUUAAAAUUAACGCUGAGAGACUUUAAAUGAAGUCUGUAUCUACGAUUUUAAUUUGCUUUUUUUUCUUUUAACGUUUUUUUGUAACAUAAUCAAGGUCAUUUUGUAUUGGAACGCGCAGUGCUGCUGUGGAAUGGUUGGCUAUGACCCCAGAGCAGAGGGCCCUGUUCUGUCCACCACGGAGAUCGCAGCUGCGGGGUCUGUGGCAGGAAUGGUCACAAGGGCCAUGAUUAGUCCCCUUGAUUUAAUUAAAAUCAGAUUUCAGCUUCAGAUUGAGCAGCUUUCUGUUAAAAACCCACGGGCCAAGUAUCAUGGUAUCUGGCAGGGCUGUCGAUGCAUCUUUACUGAGGAGGGACUGCCGGCUUUCUGGAAGGGACACCUCCCGGCCCAACUGCUAUAUGUCACAUUCGGAGCUGUGCAGUUUGUUAGUUUCGAGAUGCUGACGGAGUUUGUCCACACCAGCACCCCCUACGACAGCAGGAAUGCCGCGGUGCACUUCGUGUGCGGGGGCCUGGCUGCCUGCACCGCCAGUCUGGCCUGCCAGCCGCUGGACACCCUGCGCACCCGCUUCGCUGCCCAGGGGGAGCCCAAGGUGUACCGGAAUCUGAGGCACGCAGUGGCCACCAUGUACCGGACGGAAGGCCCCCUGACGUUUUACCGCGGCUUGACCCCCACCGCGAUCGCGAUCUUCCCCUCUGCCGGGCUCCAGUUCUACUUCUACAACAUAUUCAAGCAGGUCUACCUGUGGGCCUUUCCCGCAGACCCAGACACAAAAGGUAAUAUUAGAAACCUGGUGAGUGGGAGCUGUGCCGGGGUUCUCAGCAAGACCAUCACCUACCCCUUCGACCUGUUCAAGAAGAGGCUGCAAGUGGGGGGCUUCGAACAGGCGCGGACCGCCUUCGGACAGGUGUGCUCUUACCGGGGGGUUCUAGACUGCAUUGUGAAGAUCGGCCAGGACGAAGGGGCGAGAGGAUACUUUAAGGGUCUGUCACCCAGCUUGCUCAAGGCCGCUGUCUCCACGGGAUUCACUUUAUUCGGCUACGAGUUCUUCUGCAACACCCUGCUGAGCCUGAAGGAACGAGAUGGGUGAUUAGCUGCAAGACAGAGAGAGAGGCACUGAGCUGCACUGAGCACCUCUGACAUCUGCUUGGCGAAAGUGCCUCAUUCAUCUUCUGCACUAGAGCUCUCGAUUAUUCAAACUCUUUCAUGGUUCUUGGUUGAGCUCCUGGUCAGAGGGAGACUCUCUGGGACCUGGGACCUCAACCACAGGCACGACAAGAGCCUGCCGUCAGUGAUGUGACCUGAAUCUGUCCGCAGGAUCCAACGCCACUCCACUGCUGUCCUGGAAUAGUGGAGUCCUUGUGCUGUUCCUCACUCUCCACAGCACUAAUACUCUUUGAUCAGUUACCUAGGUGGACCUGCCCUGUGUCGUUUGCUUGUCGUUUACUGCAGUGCCAAAUCAAAAAUAAACAUGUCUUAGAACUAGCGACAGAAACCUUAGGCUUAUGUACUCCUCAGGAGCUUCUCAGUUAACAUAAAUGGAUUUAUUUAUUUAAAAGUUUUUAGAACAUUUUUAUAUUUUCCAUCUGGUUAAAAUGCUUCUUGAAUCUGGCCCCAGUAUGCUGGAUCCCAGUACCCAGUACAGUGGAAAGGCUAAAAGUAAGUUUAAUACAAUAGGAGGCAGUGUGGUCCAGUGGUUAAAGUCCAGGGCUUGUAACCAGAAGGUCACUGGUUCAAAUCCCAACUCUGCCACUGACUGACUCGCUGUGUGUGACCCUGAGCAAGUCACUUAACCUUCUUGUGCUCUGUCCUGUGGAUGAGAUGUUAAAUCAAUGUCCUAUAAUGCACAGUUCACAGCCUACCUCUGUAAAGCGCUUUGUGAUGGUGGUCCACUAUGAAAGGCGCUAUAUAAAAAUAGACAUUAUAUUAAUAUCACUGUUGAUGUUUGUUGGGUAGAAAGAAAAGAACAUAGUGAAGGGAAACUGUGAAUCACGCACAAAUACCUCUGCUCACCCCUCCUGGGCACUAGAGGUAAUGGUCUUUCUAGAUGGGCUCCACUGCACUAAAUUAAACAUUUGUACAGAUUUAAUGAAUACCAUUGAGUUGUGUCUGACUUGCAUUAGUAGGAAAGGGACUUGCAUUUGCAGUGUAUUGUGCAGCACCUUUAACAAAGAACAGCAAAGUCUUGAGGUGCCUGGGAGCGGAGUGGCAGCAGCACAUUUGACCCCUCACAUCAGCAUCCUUUGAUUAUCGAUCUCACAUGUUGCUGGUGAUGUUGGGAGUGUGAAACCAGGUGAGGUAUUCCCCAGAGCACCAGGAUUGUCACUCCUGCUGACUAGCAACACUUCUUACUUAGCAGCUCCAACCUAGUCUAGCUUUUAUCUGUACUUAUAAUAAACAUGUUAUAAACUUUAUGCCUGUACUUGUUAGAUACAAAAGUACAUGUAAAAGCAGUUUAUUCAUCUGUCUUUUCUUUAGGGUGAAUGCUUACCUUCUUAUCUGUACAUAGAAUUCUUUAAGGCAACGGCAACCAAAACUUAGGUCAAAAAGUCAUUUUAAUGCAAGUUACGGAUCCUACAGUAUACAAAAUCAUGUGAACUACAGAUAGAGAAGGAGUGCUCUGUACUGACCAAGUGUGCAGGACUGCUACAAGGAGGAAUAGACGUCUUAUCAUAGGAGAAGAUAACAACACUAAAACUGGGAAUGAAAUAUAGCAGGAUAAAAAAAUAAAAAAAACUUCUACAAAAUGUUAUAUAGGACUGACAUUAAGAUAAUCCUUACUCUAGUGAAUUGGGCGCCACUGUUUUUGUUUGUACUAAAGGAUGCAUCUGAUACCUUCAGUAGAAUGUUGCUCUGUUACAAUGUUGUCUCAAUAGACUACAUUAUUGCUCUGUGUAACUGUAACCAGCUGUAUUUUGAAAAGGAUGAAAAACAUUAAAUAUUUUAUUUCUGA